GACACCCUCGCCCAGAGAACUUGCUAGGAGGAGUCCCGGGACAAGUUAUGCCAAGUCCCCGCAGGUCCCCCCCUCCCGCGUCUGUCCCUCCCCCGGUGCAGGCUGGCCACAGACACCUGCGUCUCCUGACUCCCCCCUCCCAGAACCCCCACUCCGUCGGGGCUCGGGUUCCCGGACGUGGGCCUCCCUGGGAGGAGCAGCGCCCGCGGCCCCCGGCUCUUCCCAGCACCCUCUCCCCCAGCGUACUUUGUUACUCGGCGCGACCUCGGGGCCGGCACGUGACCCAGAAACUUCGGAAGCCCCGGGGCGGCGGGCGGCGGGGCGGAGGCGGCGGCGGCGGCCGAGCUCCCCCGCGCGGCCGGCUCUGCGGCGGGGAGGCGCUCGCCCCGCGCCGCGCUCGCUGCCUGGGCGUGCGGGAGCGCCGCCGGGAGCCGCGCCGAGCCGAGCCGGGGAGCCCGCGGCAGCGCGCGUUCGGCAGGCGGCGCGGCGGGCCGGGCGGGCGGGCGGGCGGCGGCGCCCAGGGACGCCGGGGGCCCGCUCACGCGCGCGGCCGCAGCCCCGCCGCUGCCGCUGCCGCCUGGUCACCCCGAGCCUUGCGCUGCUGCCCUUCCCCACUUUGCCCGCUCCUUCAUCUGAAUGGGAAGUUGGGGAACAUGGACGGGGUCGUGCUGGCGUGGAUCGCUGUCUUCUGGCUAACAGCCAUGGCUGACGGCCUUCAAGUCACAGUGCCUGACAAGAAGAAGGUGGCCAUGCUCUUCCAGCCCACCGUGCUUCGCUGCCACUUCUCCACGUCUUCCCAUCAGCCUGCCGUCGUGCAGUGGAAGUUCAAGUCCUACUGCCAGGAUCGCAUGGGGGAAUCCCUGGGCAUGUCCUCUCCCCGGGCCCAGUCUCUCAGCAAAAGAAACCUGGAGUGGGACCCCUACUUGGAUUGUUUAGACAGCAGGAGGACUGUUCGAGUGGUGGCUUCCAAACAGGGCUCGACCGUCACCCUGGGAGACUUCUACAGGGGCAGAGAGAUCACGAUUGUGCAUGAUGCUGAUCUUCAAAUUGGAAAACUCAUGUGGGGAGACAGCGGACUCUAUUACUGUAUUAUCACUACCCCUGAUGACCUGGAGGGCAAAAACGAGGACUCGGCAGAAUUGCUGGUGUUGGGCAGGACAGGGCUGCUUGCUGAUCUCUUGCCCAGUUUUGCUGUGGAGAUUAUGCCAGAGUGGGUGUUUGUUGGCCUGGUGAUCCUGGGAAUCUUCCUCUUCUUCGUCCUGGUGGGGAUCUGCUGGUGCCAGUGCUGCCCUCACAGCUGCUGUUGCUACAUCCGCUGCCCGUGUUGUCCAGAUUCCUGCUGCUGCCCGCAGGCCUUGUAUGAAGCAGGGAAAGCAGCAAAGGCCGGGUACCCUCCCUCUGUCUCCGGUGUCCCCGGCCCUUACUCCAUCCCCUCUGUCCCCUUGGGAGGAGCCCCCUCAUCUGGCAUGCUGAUGGACAAGCCGCAUCCACCUCCCCUGGCACCAAGUGACUCCACUGGAGGAAGCCACAGUGUUCGCAAAGGCUACCGGAUCCAAGCGGACAAAGAGAGAGACUCCAUGAAGGUCCUGUACUACGUCGAGAAGGAGCUGGCUCAGUUUGAUCCGGCCAGAAGGAUGAGAAGCAGAUAUAACAACACCAUCUCGGAACUCAGCUCCCUGCACGAGGAGGACAGUAAUUUCCGCCAGGCGUACCACCAGAUGAGAAGCAAGCAGUUCCCUGUGUCGGGGGAUUUGGAGAGCAAUCCUGACUACUGGUCAGGUGUCAUGGGAGGCAGCAGUGGGGCAAGCCGGGGACCCUCAGCCAUGGAGUAUAACAAAGAGGAUCGGGAGAGCUUCAGGCACAGCCAGCAGCGCUCCAAGUCCGAGAUGCUGUCCCGGAAGAACUUCGCCGCCGGCGUGCCGGCCGUCUCCAUGGACGAGCUGGCCGCCUUCGCCGACUCGUACGGCGCGCGCUCCCGCCGGGCCGACGGCGACAGCCACGAGGCGCGGGGCGGCGGCCGCUUCGAGCGCUCGGAGACGCACGCCCUCGGGGGCUUCUACCAGGACGACUCGCCCGAGGAGUACUACGGGCCGCGGAGCCGCAGCCGGGAGCCCCUGGGCGACGCGGGCCGCGCCUGGGCCCCCGGCACCCCGCGCCGGCGGCCCGACGACGCGCCCCUGCCGCGCCUGGUGAGCCGGACGCCGGGCACCGCGCCCAAGUACGAGCACGCGCCCCGCGCCGGCGGCCUGGAGCGCCAGGCGCGGCCCGAGGGCGCCAGCCGCGGCGGCAGCCUCGAGACGCCGUCCCGGCUGAGCGCGCAGCUCGGCCGUCGCAGCGCCUCCUACUACGCCUGGUCGCCGCCCGGCACCUACAAGGCGGCCUCGCCGCAGGGCGACGACGACGACUCGGCCGACGACGACGACGACGACGCGCUGCCGCCCUACAGCGAGCGCGAGCUGAGCCGAGGCCCGUCCUACCGCGGCCGCGACCUGCCCUACCACGGCAACUCGGAGAAGAAGCGGAAGAAGGAGCCCACCAAGAAAACUAGUGACUUUCCAACCAGGAUGUCCCUUGUGGUCUGAUGUUUGUUUUCAAGCCGUCUCUCUGGGUGACUAGAAAUCAGGAGCGGACUAUGGAGACAAGACACAAAUCCAAGAGCCAGCAGGCCCGGGACCUUCUCUGGACACCACCUUGGAAGAUUUGACCUUUGCUUUGGCAAGGGAUUGGGGGGGAGCGUCCUUUAAGGGGGGGGGGUGCUGAUUCCAAACUUCAGCGUACAUCUAACUGGUGUGAGAAACAAGAUGACUACGUUGUGAGAACAUUCCACGCACGGAGUGUCUCAUCCACUGAGUUCAUCCUGCCUGAUGUUUUUCCUUAGCCAAACCGGGAUUCCUUUUCCAAUUCUUAAAGGGAGUUAGCUCUGGACCGCCGAUCCCUGGAAAACGCCUCCGCCUACGGUAUGCUCUUCUAUACUUAGAGACAGAAGAACUUAUUACUACCAUUAGAAGAAGGCCUGAUACUGACAACAGAAGAUAGCUUUAGGCAAAGUAUACCUUUUACCCCCGUCUCCCAGUCACUAGUCAGUGACUAUUGUUACGCUAAAAUCAGAGGGCCUUUGGUGAGCUCAGUGACAGUGACCUGCUGGACGAUCGCAGAAGUGACUUCAACCUGCCGUUCCGAAUGACAUGCCUUGAGUGGCUGCGACAAAACAAAAGAGUAUACGUUUUUGAAAAGCUGUGCAAGUGGUAUUUCUUUUUCCACUCUGAGAACAUAAACUGCUUUUUCUCCUUCUGCUGUGCACAGUGACAUCUGAGUCUCGGACAUUAAGGGCUCUCCUCACCCUCCUUCUCCGGGACUUUUCACAUGGCGGUGCCGCCCACAGAGCCCCACCUCCCUCUGCACCCUGAUUCACUUGUCAUCAGGUGCCUUUUGAUAAACGCUUAAAAUACACACAUGAAAGAGAAGGGGAAGGGGAAGAAAAAGGACAAAGCAGUAAGUAGAGAAGAAUGAAAAAGAAUU